GGUAUACCACUGGUUUCUGGAAAGAUCGAUUCAUUGUGAAGUUACAGUAUAUCUAAUGAAGAAGCAUUAUAUAUCGUCGAUUUCGUAUACGAUUAUCGACUUUUAUAUGAAAGUGUAUGACAAAUGAUAAAAAAUGUAACUUUGUUAAAACCUUCUCUCUCUCAUUUUUACCAAAUCUUUAUUACAGCUUGUCCAUGGUCAAGAAUCACCGACAUGUCGAUUAAAUUAGCGCCAUCUACUGAAAACAAAAAUGGUGGCUAACAAUAUGCCCUAUCCCUGCCCUGGUUUUAUGGCACGGCAAAUGUCUGCGUUCUCUAGGCUUCUUUCUAUUAUGCAUUUCCCUUCAACCGACAUAUCCAAUUUCAAUGUGAAGAAGGGGAAUCAUUACCUUGCUGUUGAUUCUAUAUCACGUGUGAAAUAAACGAAGCUCUUCUAACCAAACAGAAGGAAAUUACAAAAAUACGUGUAACGUUGUGGCAAUACAGUAAGGAGUAAACGCAUAGUUGUUUCUCCUAAAGCAAAACGGAAAAAGAAAUCUUAUUUUGCUACAUGAAUCUACAAGCUACUUAAAUAUUUUUUAUGGCUACCGAAAAUGCUAUGAUGCAGAAUCAUCAAUAGUACUUAUAUUAUACACAUUGAAAUGCAAAAUAACCACAGAGAUUUGUAUAGGAACGUUGGAUUUUAUAAGGAUUGGUAAUGACAGAUAGAACGGGUACAAUGAGGCUAGAAGCUGAAAUGGCUGCUCCAUUGCAUUUGCAAAGAUUAGAACGUAGCUUGAACAUUCAACCAUUCUUAAGACAAAUCGAUGAUCUAUUUCAAGAGCAUGCUAGUGAAGAUGACAAAUCAAUGUCUUCUGAUUCCUCUGACGGAUCUGAUGCUUAUCUUGAUGACGUACUGACAAGGAAAGAAGAAGAAAGAAUCAAUAAAUUAAGACUGUAUAAUAUGUCAAGCGUGGGUGAAGAAAGAAGGUGGUUGCAAGACAUAUUGUUGAGCGAUUCUGAAAGUUCAGCAUCUGGUUCUGAUACAGAUGGUCCUGUUACGGAAGAAGAUUUUCAAGAAAUGCUUAAAUUUCACAUAUUGCGUAAAAAAUAUCAAGGACGUUUUUAUCAGAAACCUGAAAAUAUACAAUAUCAAUAUUAUAGUGCUGGCUUAUUAUCCAGUUAUGAUAGAUUUUUAGAACAUCAAAAAUUAAUAGUUGGCAACAAAAAAAAGAAAGAUAAGAAACCGGAGAAAAAAGUCAUGAAAAUUAAGAAGGAAAAAAUUCCUCGCCAUAGACCAUCCGAAGAUUAUCAUGAAGGUGAUUAUUUGGAUGAAGAAUGGGAUCGUACAAUACCUAAAGAGGAAGAAUUAGAUGAAGCAGAGUUGGAAGCAAUAAUGCGACAUCAGCCUCGUCCGCGAGGUCGCAAAAAACAUAACAAUAAAAGUCCUGAGGUAAUGGCGAUUAGAAGAAGAAAAAUAUGGGUUAUGAUGUCUAAAAAGGAACUUGGAAAAGUGCAAAGAGCGAAAACGAAUAAUCAUAAGGAAAUGUUAAUAAGUUGUAAAAAAGUAGCUCAACAUUGUAUGAAAUAUUGGAGACAAAAAGCAAUGCAGUCACAAAAAAAUAUGAAAGAAACCAUUUGGAGAGCAAAAAGAUUGACAAGGGAAAUGCAAUCUUAUUGGAAAAGAUAUGAUCGCGUUGAACGAGAAACUAGGAGAAGAUUAGAAAAAGAAGCCGAAGAACAACGUAAAAUGGACGUCGAACUUAUAGAGGCUAAGCGUCAACAAAGGAAAUUAAAUUUUCUUAUUACUCAAACUGAAUUAUAUGCCCACUUUAUGUCCCGAAAAUUAGGAAAAGCUUCUCCAGAAGAACAACUUAGAAUCUUAAAUCAAUUGGACGAAGAGAAAAAUCCUAGAUUAAUAGGAAUAGAUGACUAUGAUAGCGAAGUUAUGAAACAGAAAGCGAAAAAAAAUGCUACUGAGGCAUUUGAUAAUGAAAAAGCAAGAACAAAACAAUUUGAUACAGCAGCUGCAUCCCAAGAAUUACGUCUUAGCGAUACACCUGAAAAUUUAGAACAUCCUCAACCCACUAUUUUUAAAGGAAAUCUUAAGGGUUAUCAAUUGAAAGGAAUGAAUUGGUUAGCCAAUUUAUAUGAUCAGGGAAUCAGUGGAAUUUUAGCUGAUGAAAUGGGCUUGGGCAAAACUGUUCAAUCUAUAGCUUUUUUGUGUCACGUAGCCGAGAGAUAUUCUGUGUGGGGUCCAUUUUUGAUUAUUUCACCGGCUUCUACUUUGCAUAAUUGGCAACAAGAGAUGGCAAGAUUCGUACCAGUUUUUAAAGUUGUACCAUAUUGGGGAAAUCCACAAGAACGAAAAAUUUUAAGACAAUUUUGGGACACUAAGGAUUUACAUACAAAAGAAGCAUCAUUUCAUGUAGUAAUAACAAGUUAUCAAUUAGUUAUUACCGACUAUAAAUAUUUUAAUAGAAUAAAGUGGCAGUAUAUGAUUUUAGACGAAGCACAAGCAAUAAAAAGCACUAGCAGUAUGAGAUGGAAAUUAUUGCUUGGAUUUAGUUGCCGUAAUAGGUUACUAUUAAGUGGUACACCUAUACAAAAUAGUAUGGCUGAAUUAUGGGCUUUACUACAUUUUAUAAUGCCAACUUUAUUUGAUUCUCAUGAUGAAUUUAACGAAUGGUUUUCUAAAGAUAUUGAAAGUCAUGCUGAAAAUAAAACUGGAAUUGAUGAAAAGCAUUUAUCGAGAUUACACAUGAUCUUAAAGCCCUUUAUGUUACGAAGAAUUAAAAAGGAUGUUGAAAAUGAAUUGUCUGAUAAAAUCGAAGUAAUGGUAUAUUGCCCGCUUACGACUCGUCAAAAAUUACUUUAUUCAGCACUGAAGAAAAAGAUUCGUAUCGAGGACUUACUUCAUUACACAGUUGGUGGUGGUGAUACAACUCCGAACGAUAAAAAUUUUACUUCCAAUUUAAUGAAUCUAGUCAUGCAGUUCCGUAAGGUCUGUAAUCAUCCCGAACUUUUUGAGCGUAGAGACGCUAAAUCUCCGUUUUUUAUGUGUACACAAUCUUUUGAAAUGCCAGCAUUAUUAUAUAUAGAGGGACUUUUGCAUCUUGCUUUACCAUCCAAAGAUCAUUUAUUGUACAAUAAAUUGUUUAUAUUUGCUACCGAGUAUAUUCACAAAGCACUUCAUGGCGAAAGUCAAAGCAAUUUACAUGGAAAUAUUUUUUCAUUCAGCAGAUUUAUUGAUAUAUCUCCAAUGGAAUUAAAUAAAAUAUUUAUAACUGGUAUUUUAUUUAGAUUAUGUCUUACAACGAUUAUGGAAAGAAAGAUGAGAAUGAUACGUUAUUGGGAUGAUUGGUAUAUAGAUGAUAGACCAGCGAUACCUAAAGAUCAAAUGUUGUUGCUACCUAGAAAAAUAGAGGCAUCGUCACAGACAAUAAGUGAUAUUAUUUUUACGGAAAAAAUACUUGAAGGAGAAGGUUUAUACACACAUACUACACAUACUAUCCAUUCAAUGCCAGAAACAGUUGCUCAUAGAAUACUGCGUAGUAGUAAAAAAACUGCUAUUCAAAUAUUAAAAAAGGGAGUGUCUUCUACAAAAGCAGAACAAGGCGAAGAGACAAAAUUAACAUUGUUACCUGAACAUCCUCAUCUCCCACGCCCUUUAAUUUUUAGAUAUUGUCAGCAAACAACUAUCCCUGCUUUUGUCUGUGACAAUUAUCCCAAGGUUCAAGCGAAUCCUCGUAAGUUAUACGUUAGCAAUAGUUCUGCUGCAUGUGCAUGGAAAAGGCACGAAGAUUGUGGUGGACCAUUUGGCCAGACUUUACUUUGGUUUGGUUACGAAAGGGCAAUUUCUCUUUCUGAAUCACAAGAUAAUUCAAAUAUGCGUGUAAGACAUAGAACAUCUACAUUCUCGUAUGAGCCACUUGGUGGAUUAUCUGCAUGUAAUCCAAUAAAUGGAUGGUCUAAUAUUAUUGUGCCAGACAAACAAACCUUAGUAACGGACGCAGGAAAACUUUCUGUUCUUGAUAGCCUUCUUCGACGUUUAAAAGAACAAGGUCAUCGCGUUCUUAUAUAUUCUCAAAUGACAAAAAUGAUUGAUCUACUAGAGGAGUACAUGUAUCAUAGGAAGCAUACGUUCAUGCGAUUGGAUGGUUCUUCCAAAAUUUCCGAUCGUCGCGAUAUGGUUGCGGAUUUUCAAAAGAGAGCAGACAUAUUUGUUUUUCUCUUGAGCACCAGAGCUGGUGGUCUUGGAAUUAAUCUAACUGCUGCGGAUACGGUAAUAUUUUACGAUAGUGAUUGGAAUCCAACAGUGGAUCAACAAGCCAUGGAUCGUGCUCACAGAUUAGGACAAACUAAACAAGUUACUGUUUAUCGAUUAAUUUGUAAAGGAACUAUCGAAGAAAGAAUAUUACAACGGGCGCGUGAAAAGAGCGAGAUACAACGUAUGGUAAUAAGCGGAGGGAACUUCAAGCCGGAUACUCUCAAGCCAAAGGAGGUAGUUUCACUUUUACUGGAUGAUGAGGAGAUUGAAGCGAAAUAUAGCCAACGAAGCGAGGAGAGAAAGCCGCACGUGGACGAGACUCGCCUUGAGUCGAACCUGCACCACAAGGAGAGGGACAGGAAGAGGAAGUUAACCGCGUUUCCGGUCAAGUCAUUGAUUUCGCAUGAUGAUUCGAAGAGACUAUGUUUGAUGGAUACUAAUGGUGAUAAAGUCACUGAUAAUUCCCAAGUUAAUUCGAAUGACAAUAAACAAGUAAUAAAUUCGAUACAAACGCAUCAUCAGAACAAUCAUCAAGUCGACAUUCCUGAAGAACAUAGCGUUCCUGCUAGUCCAAUCAAAUCAGAGGACGAAACGAGCAAUGAAGGAUUAGUCGUCGACGUGGAUGGUCCUGUGAUAGGAUCGAACGUUGAUUCCAGACAAUCUUGCGUUAAUCAAUUUGGAGAAUCGACAAAAUCUGCACACCUUGGUCACAAUUUUGUAAUGACUGGAAACGUUAGCGGACGAAUACGACCAAGUGUUCGUGGUACUAGUAAAAGAGGAAGACCACGGGGUUCUCGAAGAGGUGGACCAGUCGGUGGAAAGGGUAGAGGCCUUUUCUUAUUCCACUCUUCGUCGAAAGGUACAGCCACUUCGUCUCAAUCAUCUUCGACGACAGUCAGCAGUGUAUCUUCUCAGGGUGAUCAAUCUUUGCAACAUGGAACGCAAGGAUGUACAGGAUCAACCGAGGGUGAUGGUCCCAGCACUGUAGGGCCUUUAGGUCCAGUCGGUUCUUUGGGUCCUCUACCAGGUAGAGGCGGAACCGCAGCAAUUCGUCGUGGUCCAGGUCGACCUAGAUUGAGACCAAGUGGCCCAGGACAUCAAGGUUAUCGUAUCCCUAGUGGGCAUCAUCAUGGAAAAAAAGUGCAACGUCCUCUCCCCGUUCCACUACGAUCUCAUCAAACGAUCUCGAGUGUAACUCAACAUAAAUCGUUGCAAAGAGUCGUUGGUUCGUCUGUACAUUCGCCAACAUCAAUGUCAGCACCGAGUACAACUGCGUGUUUUUCAUCUACGUCCGAUGAUCCGCGUCCUUUUGGAUUUUAUACGCAGCAACAACAACAGCAACAGCAACAACAGCAACAGAAACAACGUGAACAGACACCUGCACGAAGAUUGUCCUCCUAAUUAUUAGUGAGAUCGGUGUGUAAUCUUCGUUGAAUGUGGCUAGUAAACAUGACAAAGCCUGGAGUUGAAAGAUCGAUCAUUCGAUUGGUUACACAGGGAUAGAAUUCUUGCCAAAUUUCUAAGUUCUCGUAUUGUACAAAUUAGUACGAGGUUAUUCGGCAGUACGUCUACUUUAAUGUAACCGAAGUUAUACGUUUCUGUACGUGUAUUUACAGUACAGUGUACAAGGAACACGAUACUUUAUUGAUUAAGAAGAAAAAAAGUGAUAGUCGUGAGCGAAAUGUUAAUCGUUAUAAUCGAGUAACGACGAGGAAGAGUCCAAUUUUUUUUUUGUUCAUUCCCUUCCAUUCGCUCACGACUCGUCGAUCCGGACUCGUUAGUAUCGUUUUAGCAAUAUUCCGUCGCUGGUCUCGGUUGGCCGAUAUUUUUUACGCGUGUUAUGCGAGAAACUACUGCGCAAAUUCGACUUUGUAAAAGAAAGGUAUUUAUAUUAGCAAUAAACGAAACAGCCUUCGCGCGCACGCGCGAUUGUGUACAUCGUACAUCGUAUUUUAUCUGUUGACGUUUCAAUUUCUGCGUCCUUUCUCGUGCAUUCUGCGUAUACAUUUGUUCGAGAAUUUAUUGGGUAUAAAACUGAAUAAACAACUACGCAGAUUA